CUCGAGCCUCCCCCCGCUCGUCACCCACUCGGGCCCUCUCGUCCCGCCUCAGCCGCCCAGUGAGCCUGGCCGAGCGCACCAAGGAGCUACACGACUCGCACAAGACCGCCCGGACAGCGCGCCCAUCAUGCCGGGAGUCUCGCUCGUCGCCAUCCUCGACCUCAAGGGCAAGUCCCUCAUCCAGCGCUCGUACCGCGACGAUGUGCCCGCCUCGGCCAUCGAGCGCUUCCUCCCUCUUGUCCUCGAGCAGGAGGAGGAGGGCUCGUACGUCGUGCCGUGCUUCUCGAGCCAGGGCAUCAACUACCUCCACAUCCGCCACAACAACUUGUACCUCGUCGCCCUCACCAAGAAGAACUCGAACGCCGCCGAGAUCCUCACUUUCCUCCACAAGCUCGUGUCGGUCCUGACAGAGUACUUCAAGGAGCUCGAGGAGGAGUCGAUUCGGGAUAACUUCGUCAUCAUCUACGAAUUGUUCGACGAGGUCAUGGACUUUGGCUACCCGCAGACGACCGAGAGCAAGAUCUUGCAGGAGUACAUCACGCAGGAAUCGCACAAGCUCGAGGUGCAGGUGCGCCCGCCGAUGGCCGUCACCAACGCCGUGUCGUGGCGGUCCGAGGGCAUCCGGUACCGCAAGAACGAGGUGUUCCUCGACGUCGUCGAGAGCGUCAACCUGCUGGUCAACGCAAACGGCAACGUGGUGCGGAGCGAGAUCCUCGGCGCGGUCAAGAUGAAGUGCUACCUGAGCGGCAUGCCCGAGCUGCGGUUGGGCCUGAACGACAAGGUCAUGUUCGAGAACACGGGCAGGACAUCUCGCGGCAAGGCGAUCGAGAUGGAGGACGUCAAGUUCCACCAGUGCGUGCGCCUGUCGCGCUUCGAGAACGACCGCACCAUCUCGUUCAUCCCGCCCGACGGCGAGUUCGAGCUCAUGAGCUACCGCCUCAACACCCAAGUCAAGCCGUUGAUCUGGGCCGAGGCGCUCAUCGAGCAGCACUCGGGGAGCAGGAUCGAGUACGUCGUCAAGGUCAAGGCCCAGUUCAAGCGCCGCUCGACGGCCAAUAACGUCGAGGUCUUCAUCCCGGUCCCGGACGACGCCGACUCGCCCAAAUUCCGCGCGAGCGUCGGCACGGUCCACUACGUGCCGGAAAAGUCGGCGUUCGUGUGGCGGAUCAAGCAGCUCGCCGGCGGCAAGGAGUUCCUCAUGCGGGCGCACUUUGGCCUGCCGAGCGUCCGAGGAGAGGAGCUCGACAAGCGUGCGCCGAUCACGGUCAAGUACGAGAUCCCCUACUUCACCGUCUCGGGGAUCCAGGUGCGGUACCUCAAGAUUGUCGAGAAGAGCGGGUACCAGGCUCUCCCUUGGGUCCGCUACAUCACCCAGAACGGCGACGACUACUCGCUGCGGACCAACGUGCACGCGCCAAAGACGCAGGCCGGCGCCUUCUAGAUACCCUCCCUCUCUUGCUCGAUCUCUUCCUCCUUCUCGUCGUCGUGCACCAGUCGUUCCGCUCCCGUCCUGUCUGUAACUUUCGGAUGGGCUGUCCCUCGCACACCUU